GUUUAGUCAAGAGGAGAGGAUUUCGAUCACGAGUGCAAGCACACUUCAAGUGUCGUUUCUAUGUAUUUUGGAAACCAAGCUAUGGAAACGGCAGAAGGAUCGUAUAAAAAGACGGAAGAAUCAGACAUGAGCCAGAGUUUAGGAAUUCUGCAAUUAUUAACUACGUUGGACAGGAAAGAAAUGGAAUGAUGUUGCGGUCUUAUAUCACUGCUGUAGUGCUGGUGGCUUGUCUUUCUCACUUUGGAGAUGCAGCAAUCACUGGCUGGACUGAGCCAAGUACCAUAUCUGGUGCUACUGGUGAAGCGGACAACAUCCAGAUAGCUGAGGAUACAGCCCUCGAAGCUACAAUAGCAACAUUUAAUGCUACAAGUGAUGGUACAGUUGAGAGUUACGAAUUGGUAACAACGGACACGCCUUUCGUUCUUAACUCAACCACUGGAGAGUUGACGUUAAGCACUGCGCUAGAUUUUGAAACUCAAAUCAAUCAUACUAUUGAAGUGAAAGCGACGGACAGUGCUGAUGCCGUCGGUACUGCAACGGUGGUAAUCACAGUAACCGAUGUAAAUGAAGCAGCGCCAACAUUUGGCGCAACGUCCUUUAGUGUUUGCGUGACAGAUGGUUCAGCUGCAGGUACAAGUAUCAUAACUUUCUCUGCCACUGAUACAGACACAGGUGAUUCCAUUGUCUACUCGAUUGAUUCUGGAAACAAUGGCACCGACCUCGCAAUUGCGGGAUCACAGCUCAAGGUCGAUACAGGAAAAACCCUUGAUAAAAACAGAACAGACACCUAUUAUCUUGUCAUACUUGCUACUGAUACUGUCGCUACAGUACGAUCUGGCUCAGCUACAUACACAAUCAACGUCGAGACGUCUUGCAGCCGCAGUAAAGCAGCAGCUUUGACAAUGACAUUUAUGACACUUUUCCUGGCACUUAUAGCAUCUUUAAACUAAUUUUCUAAACUUUUAUUGGAUGAAUCAACCGCCGACGGCUACAUAAUAUGCAAAUUAUGCCUCAGAAAAGAUUUUUUUUUAAUUUUAUUUAUCUUGUUACAGUUUCCAAAACAGACCAUAUACUUUUUUAUCUUUGCUGGUUUUGGUUUCUUGGCAAUGGGUGUAAUUUAAGUAUAUAAGUUAUUUGUGCGAAAGUCAAAGUAUUACUGUAUUAACAUUUGCUACCUUUAAAAUAUAUUUCUGCAUGUUCAGUGCUAUGUUCAAUGCUAUUUCUUGACCUGAUAAACAUCUAACAUACUCUUCCAUUAUCCAAACAGUAUUUAUAACAUACUUUACAUUUCUAAUAAUUAAAAAUAUAUUUAUUUCUGAGACAUAGUGUACCGUUAACUCGCAAUGUCGGAUUGAUGAAAUUAAUUAAAAGUGUUUUUAACUGCGUAACUGCAUAUCAGCUGCAAAAAAAGAUAAUUUGAUUUCUAUAAAAAGGAACUCUUUCUAAUUACCUCUAUGAAAGCUUAAUGUUUAUUUUUUUCCUUCAAGAUGAUUAGCGUAUGUACGAAAUAAUUGCCUAAUAUUUAAAAAAGAAAAGCAGCAUACUUUUAUUCUGUUUCCGUGCACUAACUUUGAGAAUCAACGGAACAUCACAAUGCUACAGUUAUUUUGUUAGACACAUCUUUAUAAUUUAUAAUUAAAAACAUCUAAAGCGACUCUAUUCAGAGUUUUUGACAUGAUGUGACUGAAACCAUUUUGUGAGAUAAACGCUUCAUUUGAUCAAUAACUUCUGUGCAAACUUUAAGCUCUUCGUUUUCCAAGAUAAUUAUUCGAAUUGCGAGAAUGGGUUUAAGGUGAAAAGGGUUGUUUGUAAACUAAAAUUGGGCAGACAGCACACAUAUAUGAUUUUUAAUUUAUUUUUUAAUAUUUUCUAAAACUAUCUUUGCAUAAUUUUUUUUGUUUUUAGUACCAAGCUGAUAUUUGUAAGGAUUUCAAGUUUUAUAAUUUUAGGCUUGUGAACCUCAGUGGAAUUCCUUUAAGACAUUUUAUUACACAAUUUGACAAAUAUUUUCAUGAAGGCUAAUAAUGAUUUAAUCCCCUCUUAUUUCUUCUUAAAUUGGUUAUCCAAUUGACCAACAAACAAACAAAAAAUGAAGACAAUAAUUUACUUUAUAUACAGUUUGCUGAGAGUGAGACUAAAAAGUUAGUACUUAAGGUGAGAUGACACAUCCUGGAUGUUGACGACAUACUAAGUAUCAGUAAUUGUGCUUUCGCAUUAGUAUUAUAAACGUACUGGCAUUUUUCCUGACUAGGACUAUGGUAUAUGACAAACAGUUUUCUGUCUUUUCAUUACAGUCAUAUAUCACGUGGUAUGUCCACAAAUGCUACGAUAAAGUCAAUGUUUCAGUGAAAAUUACUGUCUUGAAAGUGAAAUUUGAACGAUAAGAACGAGUGUGAUGUGGCUUACGCGAGGUUUGAUGUUGUGGAGAGUCUACUCCCUUUCGUACUGAAUGUGUGCUGUGUGUUUUUAUUUUAAUCUUUGUUUGAACAGUGAAAUGAUAUCUGUGAUGAGAUACUAUACCGUAUCGAUGUUGGAUUCAUUUCACUCUUAAUAUAAAAAAACAUGUAUUGUUGUGCCAGCAAAUUGUUAAAAAAAAGUAGAAGCAUGUACAACUACUACUAUUAGAGGUUCAAAUUACAUUUUGCCCAAUAAGAUCUUUUAACUUUAUUGUGUAAACAACCAAAUAUAAUUUCAACAACCCUAAGUAGGUUAGUAUUAUUUGAGUCGACAUCUGGCGACUUCCGGCGUGCGCCCGGGCAGACAGACUUAUGCUGAAUUACAAACACUAACCUAUUUAGUUGAUAUUAUGUAAAGGUAUAAACUAAUAAUCAUUAACAUAUAUCAGUGCAUUAUAAUGUUCUUAAUCAAAUUGUUUUAUAUUUAAAAUGACUAAAUGUUUUAUCAAUGUAAUGGGUGAAAAAUAAAACAAAACAAUACAUCA